AUGAAGAUUGAGGAGGUGCAGUCCACCACCAAGACUCAGCGCAUUGCGACCCAUAGCCACAUCAAAGGCUUGGGACUUGCCGAGGAUGGAACAGCACAGCAGGUGGCCAGCGGCCUCGUGGGGCAGGAGAAGGCCCGAGAGGCUUGCGGCAUCACCGUCGAUCUCAUCAAGUCCAAGAAGAUGGCGGGCAGGGCGCUGCUGAUGGCAGGGGCGCCGGGAACCGGCAAGACCGCCUUGGCGCUGGCGAUAGCGCAGGAGCUGGGCACGAAGGUGCCUUUCUGCCCGAUGGUGGGAAGCGAGGUCUACUCUUCAGAGGUCAAAAAGACCGAGAUCUUGAUGGAGAACUGCCGUCGAGCCAUUGGGAUCCGAAUAAAGGAGACCAAGGAGGUCUACGAGGGCGAAGUCACCGAAUUGACACCCGAGGAGAGACCAGAUCCCACCGGAGGUUAUGGCAAGAAAGUCACCGCCGUGAUGAUAGGUUUGAAGACCACGAAGGGCCAAAAGACCCUGAAACUGGCACCCCAGAUCUAUGAAAGUCUGCAGAAGGAGAAGGUCACAGUCGGCGAUGUCAUCUACAUCGAGGCGAACAGUGGCGCCGCAAGAAGAGUUGGCCGCAGCGAUAGCUACGCCACAGAAUUCGAUCUCGAAGCAGAUGAGUACGUGCCGGUGCCAAAGGGCGAUGUGCACAAGAAGAAGGAAGUUGUGCAGGAUGUGACUCUGCACGACUUGGACCAGGCCAACGCCAAGCCCCAAGGUGGUCAGGACCUGCAGAGUCUUAUGGGCAGCUUCCUGAAGCCCCGAAAGACGGAGAUCACGGAGAAGCUCCGGUUAGAAAUCAACAAGGUUGUCAACAGGUAUAUUGACCAAGGCAUUGCCGAGUUGAUUCCAGGUGUGCUUUUCAUAGAUGAGGUACACAUGCUCGACAUUGAGUGUUUCACUUAUCUGAACAGGGCACUCGAGUCGACACUCAGCCCCAUCAUCAUCUUCGCCACGAACAGAGGCAUCUGCACCAUUCGCGGCACCGACAUCGUGGCGCCUCACGGUAUUCCCGUCGACUUGCUAGACCGUCUGGUCAUCAUCAGGACCAUGCCGUACUCAGUGGACGAAAUCAUCCAG